AAUUGCCGAAUCAUCUGUCCUGCCCGGACUGCUGGAAGCGGCCGCAACGCCAUGUUGACGAAGUCUCCCAUCUCCGUGAGAAAAAAAUGAUAGAAAACACACUUACUGAGAAGAAAAGGUAAACUGCUGAAGGAGGUUGAAGAUCGCGGCAAAUAUUUAUUUGAAGAAACGAACCGAACCGGAUCCGCGGAGGUUCCGGACGGGCAAGGGAGGCAAAACCUCCCACCGUCCCCAUGAAUAGCACCGCUGAUCCGAACAGCGACUUUCCAUGAAAAAGACGUUUGUGUUGCUAUUCGAGCUUCGUUAUCCCAGUUUGUCAAAGGGAUCUGGGGCCUGCUUCAAGAAUUCGCAGCGCUCGGUAUAUGUAUGCGAGCUAGGCUUUGUUUGUAUCAGUAUUUAUUAAGGUAUUGUUUUCAUUUGUUAAUUUUUUUGCGAUGAGUUUGCCAUCGAAAGUGGUCCCCAAAUCCGCCACUGUCGCAGUUAGCGGACCUGGAACUGGCCCUUCUCCGUCGAGCCAACUGCGGGCUACCCUGACCUCCGUGUCUUUACCGCCGGGAGCCCCAACCGCUCCUCAGCCUACCGCUGUUCCGCCACCUCAAAUCCCACGGGUUCAGCCAUCACUGGACGACCGAAUCUUCCCCACACAGCCUGGAGUCGCUGCAGUCUACAGCGUACCCAGGCACGCUGGCCCUCCUUACACUGCUCACGACAUCACAAAGGGACACCCUAACUUAGCGGGCACCCCGCCUGGUCAUGCCCACUCCACUGCGCUCUCUCAGGUAUCAGUACCCACAGCUUCCGCAUAUCGCUACCCUAAGGGCUGGGAGGCAGGCGGAGGGUCUCCAUACAACCCUGGACAAAAUGCUGGCUCCGCCCCUCUGGUGUAUUCUCCCCAGACACAGCCAAUGAAUGCACAGCCACAGAGUCGCCCGUUUGCCACGGGCCCUCGACCAACCCACCAUCAGUUUUUCCAGAGGACUCAGAUGCAGACUGCGAGGCCUGCUAUCCCUACCAACACGCCCUCCUUACGGCCUGGCUCUCAGACCCCCACAGCGGCGGUCUACCCCGCUAAUCAGCCAAUUAUGAUGGCCAUGGCCCCCAUGCCUUUCCCCUCUCCACAGGCUGCACAGUACUACAUCCCACAGUAUCGCCACAGCACGCCCUAUGUGGGACCCCCUCAGCAGUAUUCUGUGCAGCCCCCAGGGUCUGGCACCUUCUAUCCUGGUCCCGGGCCAGGGGAGUACCCUUCCCCAUAUCAUCCCCUCAGGUACCACCCACCUGUCUCACCCUCUGUCCCUGCUCCCGUUCCCACAGCUGGCCCCCCCUACUACCCAGGACAGACUGUGUACCCCCCCUCACCCCCCAUCAUAGUGCCUACACCACAGCAACCUCCACCAGCCAAGCGCGAGAAAAAAACAUCCUCCCAGAUCCGUAUCCGUGACCCCAACCAGGGUGGCAGGGACAUCACCGAAGAGAUCAUGUCAGGGGGGUCAGGGAGCAGGAAUCCAACGCCCCCUGUCGGAUGCCCUUCCUCUACCCCCACCCCUCCACAGCAGCAGCCGAGCAGCAGCCAGACUCCGGAGCAGCAGCAGCAGUCCCAGCCCCAGCCACCUCAGCCGCAGCAGGCCCAUCCUGGAGCCUACAGCCUGGAGCCCCCACAGCUGCAGCCACAGCCCCAGCCCCAGUCGGCCCCAGCCCCGGCCCCGGCCCCGGCCCCAGCCCUGGCAACUGGGGCUUCAGACACCAAACCAGGGCCAGAUGAUACGCCAAAAUUGGAGCCAGCUGUCCAGAAGUCUUCCUCACCUGGGCUAGUGCAGCCUGAGCCCCCAGUGGAGAGAUUGGAGACCAGUGCCCCUGCAACUGAGCCCUCGCUCCCCGCUGAACCAGAGCUUCCCUCCCCUGCCCCAGCAGUAGCCCCCGUCACUGUCCCACUUCCUGUGGGCAACGCUGGCGAGCCCGUCGCUUCAGCUGCUUCUUCUUCCUCCUCGACUGGGGAGCCCAAACCAACUCUGGCACCGCCUCAGACUCAGACCCUCAAUACAGACAAGCCUCCUUCAGAAGCCCCACGUGCCCGGGCUGCUUCACCGACUCCAGCUCCCAAAGCCCUGAAUGGCCUUGCAGACCCUGGGGCUGAGCUGGAUCCCUCAGCUCCGGAGCCUUCUCCUCUGGCUUCAGCUCCACUCCAGCCCCAGACUUCUGCUCCCGCUUAUAAGGAGGCCACCUCGGAGACUUUGCCCUCUGACAUGAGGCCAGAGGUGCCCAUUGCUGCUGCCCUCGCCCCCUUGGCACCUGUGGCUGUGGUGCCGGUCACCCUGACCUCAAGCCCUGGUCCGGCUAUGCCGGCACCCCCUCCUGGCCUUCCACCUCUAGUACAGGCCACAGCAGAUGCCAGUGAGCCUAGCAAGCCCGUAGACACUAAAGACCUUCCCCUCAAAGUAGGGACAGAGGCACAUGUCAGCAUAGCUGACAGCAAAACAGAGCCCCAGCAACAAGCAUUCACCAGGAAGAGUCCUACUACAGUAAGUCAGACUGCUUCUGCCACACCAAAGACCUGGAGGAAACCAAAUGAAGGGAGUCCUGUAGGAGACACGCUUCAGAAGGAGAGUGAGGACGAGCCCCAACCAGUGGAGCAGGCUGCGGGAGAGCAGCCCUUGCUUUCUGCUCCACUGAGCAGUGGCCCCCCACCCCUGCCGUCAGCCUUUGCCUCGGCACCUUCUCCGGCUUCCGCCUCGGGCCCGCAGCCUGAGGAGAAGCCCACCACUCCAGAGGAGAACGGCGAAGCUGAGCUGGAGCCCAUGAGGAAUGGGGCGGGCCACAUCUCCGAGACGGAGAGCAGCGACAGUGGAGCCACCCCAGGAGACAAAGAGAACUCCACAGGGGCACCCCAGGACAUGGAAGACCUGGCUGAGCCCAACGGGAAGCGGCAGUAUGACAGGGACUUCCUGCUGGGCUUCCAGUUCAUGCCUGCCUGCAUACAGAAGCCUGAGGGCCUCCCGCCGAUCAGCGAUGUGGUGCUGGACAAGAUCAACCAAAACAAGUUGCCAUCUCGAGUGGUGGAUUCCAGGGUGAUAUCCAGAGGGCCUGAUUUCACACCCGCCUUCGCAGACUUUGGCAGACAGAUGACUGGGGGACGAGGCGCUGCACUGAUGAAUAUGGGCACACGCCGGCCUCCGCCCAGGAAGAUCAUCAUGAAUGUGUCGGUGAAUGACGACGUUCAGCUGAAAAAAGCAGAGAAUGCCUGGAAACCUGGCAUGAAGAGGGAGGGCCUCACAGAGGACCCAGAAACACAGAAAACACAGGAGCUGUUCAGGAAGGUGCGCAGCAUCCUGAACAAGCUGACGCCUCAGAUGUUCCACCAGCUGAUGAAGCAAGUGACAGACCUGACCAUCGAUACAGAAGAGAGGCUGAAGGGGGUCAUCGACCUCGUCUUCGAGAAGGCCAUCGAUGAGCCCAGCUUCUCCGUAGCCUACGGAAACAUGUGCCGCUGCCUUGCCACGCUCAAAGUGCCCAUGACAGACAAACCCAGCAACACAGUGAACUUCCGUAAGCUGCUUCUCAACCGCUGCCAGAAAGAGUUUGAGAAGGACAAGGUGGAUGAUGUGGUGUUCGAGAGGAAGCAGAAAGAGCUGGACUCUGCUGCAUCAGGGACGGAGCGUGAGCGUCUUCAGGAAGAGCUGGAGGAGGCCAAGGACAAGGCCCGCCGGCGCUCCAUCGGCAACAUCAAGUUUAUCGGUGAGCUCUUUAAACUCAAGAUGCUGACAGAGGCCAUCAUGCACGACUGUGUGGUCAAGCUGCUCAAGAACCAUGACGAGGAGUCCCUGGAGUGCCUGUGCAGGCUGCUCACCACUAUUGGCAAGGACCUCGAUUUUGAAAAAGCCAAGCCUCGCAUGGAUCAGUAUUUCAAUCAGAUGGAGAAAAUUGUCAAGGAGCGGAAGACAUCGUCUCGGAUACGGUUUAUGUUACAAGAUGUAAUAGACCUGAGAUUGCACAACUGGGUGUCCAGGAGAGCCGACCAGGGCCCUAAAACCAUUGAGCAGAUCCACAAGGAAGCUAAGAUUGAAGAGCAGGAGGAGCAGAGGAAGGUGCACCAGCAGCUACUCUCCAAGGACAGCAAGAGACGGCCAGACCCAAGAGAUCAAAGAGAGCAGCGUGUGCAGAGAGAUGAGACCUGGAACACUGUGCCCAUGACCAAGAACAGCAGGACCAUUGACCCUACCAAGAUCCCAAAGAUCUCCAAGCCUCAGAUGGAUGAGAAGAUCCAGCUGGGCCCACGGGCUCAAGUCAACUGGAUGAAGGGCAGCAGUGGAGGAGCCAAGGCCAGCGACUCAGAACUAUCACGGUCAGGUGGCAGUAGUCUCAACCGUUACUCUGCGCUGCAGUCCACUCCUUCAUCUCAACCCUCCACCCCUCCUGCACAGAACCAAGACUACGACUCCAGGAGAACCCUGGGAAGUCGCAGCAGUGCAGGGAGAGAACGCAGCGAGAAGCCGCUGAGCUCCGCCCCGUCGUCACGGCCCGGGCCUUUCAUCAGGGGAGGCAGUUCCAAGGAGCUGCUUGAGAGCCAAAUCCCUGAGGAGACCCGCAGAGACAGGGAGCGAGAGGGCGCCGAGCCCCGGAGACCCAGCGUCACAGAGGACAAAACGGAGACUGAGCGCAACAGAGUCAGAGAGCCUGUGAAACCUGAGCCUGUGGCCCAGACCCCGGACAGACCUGCCGUCUCUGAGGAGGAGAUGGAGAGGAAAUCGAAGUCCAUUAUUGACGAGUUCCUGCACAUUAACGAUUACAAGGAAGCUGUCCAGUGUGUGGACGAACUGGACCUGCCCUCUCAUCUCCACAUCUUUGUGCGCGUGGGGGUGGAGUCCACCCUGGAGCGCAGUCAGAUCACACGGGACCACAUGGGCCAGCUCCUCUUCCAGUUGGUGCAGCAGGGAAUCCUGCCCAAAAGCCAGUUCUACAAAGGGUUUGUGGACACCCUGGAGCAAGCGGAUGACAUGGCCAUCGACAUUCCCCACAUCUGGCUGUACCUGGCUGAGCUGCUCAACCCUGUGCUGAGGGAAGGGGGCUUCUCUAUGAGAGAGCUCUUUAGUGAAUUAAGCAAACCUUUGCUUCCUGUUGGAAGAGCUGGGAUCUUAUUUUCUGAAAUACUGCACAUACUAUGCAAACAAAUGAGCCAUAGGAAAGUGGGUGUUUUGUGGAGGGAAUCUGGCCUCAGCUGGAGUGACUUCCUACCAGAGGGAGAAGACGUCCAGGCUUUCAUCUCACAACAGAAUCUCCAGUUCACUGUGUCAGACUCCUCCAGCCCCGAGGCGGCUCUGUCCAAACGGAUCCUGUCUCCUGACGAGCUGAGCCUCCAGCUUGAGAGACUUCUCCUGGAGGAUAUGGCCAGUGAUGAGCAGAUCUUUGACUGGGUAGAGGCAAAUCUAGAUGAAUCUCAGAUGAGCUCGUCUCCAUUCCUGAGGGCUUUGAUGACAGCUGUGUGUAAGGCAGCAGUGAAAGAUGAGAGCACCACCUGUCGAGUGGACACAGCCAUCAUCCAGAGGAGAUUGCCUGUAUUACUCAAGUACCUUAACUCAGACACUGAGCGACAGCUGCAAGCACUUUAUGCACUUCAGGCGCUGAUCGUUACCCUAGAUCAGCCUCCAAACCUUCUCCGGAUGUUCUUUGACUGUCUGUAUGACGAGGACGUCAUCUCGGAGGAUGCUUUCUACAAGUGGGAGAUGAGCAAGGACCCCGCGGAGCAGCAGGGCAAGGGCGUAGCCCUCAAGUCGGUCACAGCCUUCUUCACCUGGCUGCGCGAGGCCGAGGAGGAGUCGGAAGACAAUUGACAAGGGAGUCUGCGGCUGCCGCUGCCAGCCCAGACCACGACGUAGAAGAACUGCAUCCUCACAGCAGAACAAACAAACAGACACACUCAAAAUGCGCAUGGGCAGGACGACAUGUUUACGGCUGGAAUUUUUUUCUGCGGUACGGUUCUGAAACAUGCCGCCAUUUUGAGUUUGGAUUCCAACGGCGGAAGCACUAAAUACCUGUAUUAUACAUAGAAAAUAUUUUUGUUUUAAAUUUUAACUUACUUUUCUUUUGUUACUUUUUAAGAAGAGACUUAAAAGAUACAUAGGUUCUGGACUCUUUAAUUUAUUAUUUUUUUAAGGACUGCAAAUACGGAAGUUUAUUUAACAUUUGCAGAUGCUCACAAUGAGAACAUUGAUGACAAUAGAAAUAACUAUUAUUAAUUAUAACAAAAUAAUAAUUGUGAAAUAAAUAGCUUCCCUGGAUUCCAAAAUGGUGGGUUGAAAACAGGGUAAAAACAAAGUUAUUUUGGGAUGAAGGGGAAGCAGAGAUAAUGAGUGGAUGCACAGGAACUAUUAACGUUGUCCUUGUAUGACGUUGUCCUCGAGGUCAGAGGUUAUCGCUGAAUAACCUGGAAGUGUUCCCUCAGCUUUGGCUUGCUCCAUGUGAUAUGUACAUACACCUCACGAGAGGGAGAAGUAUGCAUUCAAGAAGCAAUGCAAAUCAAUCCACAAAAGAACUCUCAACUGAACUUGAAACAAACACCACCGACGAACAAAUAGAUCCAUUCAAUUGAGAUGAGCAAAAUGCAAGUUUAAAAAGCAGGGUUGCUGAACAUGAAGUGCUUGUAAUACUUCAGACAUACAGAGCAAAUUAAAAGCUUGUAAAUACAUUAAAGACAAAAAGGUAUUUAAAAAAAAAAAAUCACUGCUGAUUUCCAUGAUUGUUACUUUGACUGCCAGUGUUUGUGAACAUGUGAAGUUUUACAUUCCUCUGUCAGAUUGUUUUUUGCAGUGCUCCCUUUGCUUACAUGUGUGAGGUAAAGAUUCGCUUUUCCCACUCUGGAUGACACAUCCCAUCCUUGAAGAAGAGCUGUGGUGGCAUUUGUCCCAGAGGGGCAAUUUGGUUCCCCGCCUGCAUGGACUCUCUUGAUGUGAUGUAUUUCCAUGUUGAAACAGGAUGUUUGGGCGGGACAUGGUGCAAGGAA